GAAUUUGAUCGUUUUUAAAAUAAAAACUAAAAAGGCGUUUGGUUUUGAUGUUUAUUAAUAAUUAAUUAAAAAAUCACACGUUCUAUAACCGUUGUUUUGAUAAUUUGAUGUUUCUAUAGAGCUCGAUAUAUAAUUACUGCCUGUCAAACGGUUCCAUGAUGUUUGGUAAUUUGAGAGAAAAAUUGCACAACGUCGUUCAAGAAGGAUUGUCAGCAAGUUUAAGAGGAUUGUCUGUGAAUGAAGUUAUUGUUGCGCAGUCUCCUAGUGAACAUCCUGUUAAUUAUGAUGCUGGUGCGGAUCUAUUGCAUAAAUAUCAGACUGAAUGGAAUCAGCUACACUUAUUAGCCGAAGACAAUGCCCAUAAAGCCGAGGAAGUCAAUGAAAUGAUUAGUCUUCUACAUCAUCAAAUGAGUGAACAGUGGAAAAAAAUGGAUACAAUCACAUCGUGCAUGGAUUCAAUGCCACAAUUAGUAAAGAGUAUUGAAAAUGCCAUGAAAGACAUGGAAAACAUUAAAUUAUUGAUAAAUGAUGUGGAACACCAGCUGUUGAAGCUAGAUGAUGUAGUCGAGGAACAGGAACUUCAAGAACAGAUGUUGAACGAGCGGUUUCAAUUGGCUGUUUACCGAUCAAAAAAACUUAAAGAAUUAGAAAAAAUUAGUGGUGAGCUAGAAGCUGAUCACAAAGAGAAAGUAACGGAUUUAGAACAAAAGAUAAACAUCAAACUCAAAGAAAGACAGGAAAUUUUCAACCAAGUAUUUCAACAAGAUAUGCGACAGUAUAUUAUAUCAGGCAUGAUUCCCGUGAUGAAGAGUUCAAGCAAUGGUGGGCGUGAUGAAGUUUCACUUGAAGACAUCGAAAUAGAAGACGACACAGAUGCACUAGACGAACUUCUAAAUUCAUGACGGUUGGUUUUGUACUUGAAUGUUAUUGUUUAAAGAAUGAUAUAUUUUUUAAGAGGUUUGUCUUCCAUGAUGUCAGUUUAACUGUGAUCUAUUAUUGAAUAUUGUUAAAAAAAGAAAUUAUUUUUUAAUUGUAUAUUAUUGACAUAUUUAUUAUUAAAAUUAUGCAUAUGUGUUGUAAUUAUGUACCACAAUAAUCAAAAUGUAUUUAAAAUUAUAAAUUACAGCAUUCCACUUUUAUACUCA